GAGAUUGAGUGUGGCUGCCAUCUGUUUCACGUUUGCUCUACCCUCGCCUAAUCUUAGGCCCAUUAAAACCACCUGCACUCCCGGCCCCGUGGUGCGUCCCCAUCUCUUUGAUCUUCUCACUCCUUUGUUGAUCAGCGAUCUUCCUCUGUGUAGCUUGUCUACCGGGAACCCACACUCUUUUCCAGUUAUCCCACUUCAGUCAUUCCUUCGGCCACAAGUGCGCCAAAGUCGCACCCGAUUGCAACGUCCGCUCAACAACCGCUCAAACCUUUCAAGUUCAGACUAACCACCACUACGCCAACCGGAUUCCUUUCGACAUGCGUUCUUGCACUUCCAUUCUCCUGGCUUCGGCCCUUGCCUUGGGUGCUGUUGCCAAGCCCCUCGAGAAGCGUGUCAUGGUUACUGAGAUCGACCUCGAGAUCGUAACUGUGACCAAAUACGUCACUGCUGGCCAACCCGCAGAGACUCCCGUCAGCAAGGAAGAGAUCAGCACCCCCGCCGGCUAUCAGACCCCAAAGGCUUCCUCAACUCUUACCGUCACCAGAUCGCAAGCCCCGACCAAGGCUUCCAGCAAGUCGACUCCUGCUCCCAAGCCUAGCCCGAGCUCUCCCGGUUAUGUUGUAGCGCCCGCACCGAGCUCAUCCAAGCCCGUCUAUGUGCAGCCGAGCACUGCCUCUUCCGUAUAUGUGGCUCCUUCUUCCGUUUAUGUGCCGCCUACCUCCUCGGCUCCCCGACCCUCUAGCACUCCCGCUGCCGCUCCCUCCUCUACUCCCGUCUACGGUGUAGAGCACAAGUCGGGAGAUGACCAGGCCUACCUCUCUUCCGGUGUUGACUACAAAGACGCCAUGCUGUGGCACCACAACCGCGCUCGUGCCAACCACGGCGCAUCCAACCUUGAGUGGAGCAGCGAUUGCGAAUCUGCUGCCAGCACCGCCGCUGCUUACUGCGACUUCACUCACCACGUCGUCGACGGCCAGGGUCAAAACCUCUUCACCGUCUCCGGCGACGCCUACAACGCGACUGCUGGUAUCACCGAGUCCUGGUACAAGGCCGAGGCUGACAUCUACGGCGCUUUCGACGCUACUCCCAACAUGGACACUUUCCACGAGUGGGGUCACCUUACCCAGGUGCUCUGGAAGAAGACCACCCACGUUGGCUGUGUCACCAUCGACUGCGGCUCCAAGAUGACCAUCAACGGCAAAUCCUCCACGCUCAACCUGUACACCGUGUGCAACUACUCGCCGCCCGGCAACUACGAGGGCGAGUACGCCGCAAAUGUCGCCGCGCCCAUCAACUCGUACCAGGGCUUUUCGUGGGCCGACUAAUCCCGCCCUAUGUCAUGUUUUUGCUUCUUUUCCACCAUUUUGCCCUC